UCGGCUGGCGGCUUCGAUUUUCGAUACGGAUGCAUUUUCGUGCGCAAGUUUGCUCCCGCUGUCAAAAAAUCAUUGGUGAAAAAAGUUAAACGCGAAAUCUCAUCAUAAGAAAAUUUUGAUUUUUGCUUUGAAAAUUCAAUUGUUUUGUGGUGAUAGCAUUUAUUGAGCGUGUAUCAGAGCACCGAAUAAUGGAUUCCUCGGCAAUGUCACUCAAGUCAUCAGAAGAUAUUCCGCUGGCUGACGACGACCUGGAGGUGAUUAUCAACGAUGACGACAGCUCCAAGUAUAUGCAAAACGGACGGUCGCUGGAUUCGAUUGCAAGCUCGUACACAAACGGAAACUCAAGUCCGCGACAUUUCCUGGAGAGUGACGGUCCGGAUGCCGAUGAGCAGGAGGAACGCGCCCGGUUGAUAACCCAGGUGCUGGAACUGCAGAACACCUUGGACGACCUCUCCCAGCGGGUGGACAGUGUUAAGGAGGAAAACUUGAAGCUACGUUCCGAGAAUCAGGUUCUGGGCCAAUACAUCGAGAAUCUGAUGUCCGCUUCGUCCGUGUUUCAGUCAACCAACCAGGCCCAAGCGUCGACGGCUCCGAAGAAGAAGUAAAGGGCGCUCGCCUGAUAGGGGGAUGGUCGUUCGGGAUCAGGAAUCUAGAAAUUCCUAGUAAGACCAAAGAGCAACACAAUCGUACGUAUGUAUAGUUAAAUAGCGGAGGUUUUUUUUCGCGUGAUCGGAAAGGGCAAAGAGUGAAAACAAGUUAUUUUUUGCUCUUUCCAAGAUCACCGUGCGCUGGUGCUAGAGAUACGAACAAAAUAUUCAUAGUAGAAACAAACGCUUUCCAGUUCAAGUUUGAGGGAUACUUCCUAUUUGAAAAUAGCACAGGGCGCUCAGUUAAAUGGCUGCUUGAUGGACACUAUUCUAUUCUCUUAAAUUAGCACUAAAUGGAAGGAAUUUUUCGUACAGAUUCCACAAACGUAAUCCUAUAUGAUGAUGCUGCUGUCUAUUUUUUGAAAAAGCAAAUGUUGUAAUUUUGUACGGAACGAGCAAUAGUAAUGACACGCUUAAAAUAGAUUCGCGUUAGCUGGGAUGUAAACAGGUUCAAUUUUAUGUUUAAACUGAGUUCGUUAGAAAAAAAAGACUAUUGAUUAUAAUUUAUAAGUCUAUUACGCAUAAUGCGUUUUAAUCGCCAUCAUUAUUUUCUGGUCGUUUAGGCAAUAUCGUUCAAGGUCAAAAGCUUUGUGUUCAAAUGUAACUCCUCGAAUAAUUCUAUUAUCAUUAUUUAUAUCCAUACAAAUAAGCAUAUAAUUCUCGUUUUUUUAUAGUUGUAAGACGUUUAGAAAGAUAGAUUUCCUAAAACACAUGCAUUUUUGUUUUGCUUCUCCAAUGCAAUUAAUUAAUACUCCAGUAUGCGUAUAAGUUUAACAUAAAACAAUGUGAUCAAAUAAUUUCCACUCUUAUUAAAUUUUGAAUGCUUUAACAUGUAAUAAAUCCAACGCUUUGUAUGCAGA